AACAGAUCCACCUGCACUGGACGUCAUGACACAUUUCACUGUUCAAUUAUUUGAUAUCAUUUGUCACUGAAAUGAAGCUCAGCAACCUUCUCACAGUUUACCACCUUUUGUUCAUGGCAUUUUUAAUCAUUGAGGAAGCAUCAGCUACAAACAAAACACUUACUUCCAAUCGAAAUCAAUUGAAAAAUAACCAAAGUCGCAAAGCAGAAAGGAGAGCCACGAUAAUUAAGUGUUGCGGCGCAACAUCAUGCAUGCAUUUUCGGCAUGUCAGUAAGAGAAGCACGUUGUUAACCGGAAAUAAAACUGUCACAGUUGUCCCUAAAAUAUUGUCAACGGAGGAAUUUACAAGUGAAUCAACAAGCGCCAAUACAGGGGAAGUCAUGAAUGAAAAUCCUCAAGAUUCAAGCCCCGAGGAAAAUUCUAAUGAGCCAACAAAGAAAACUGAAAGGCAAGACACCAGCAUCUCAAGAGCCCCGAACUUUGAGCCAGAAGUAUUUCACAAGUGUCUGGCCUCCGUUGGCUCGGAUACCAAUCUUUUUAAUCCUGAUAAAACUUUGAAAGACGUGGAAAAUUAUGGAUCUUGGGUAGAAUCGUGUGGCCAGCAGUUUCUAUUUGGCAAAAAAUUUGUUACGUGGUAUGAAAAUAUGGUUCAAUGCAGUAAAAUUGGAAUGGAACCUCUUGCUUUUGAAGACAACAGAAAGAUGAAAUGCUUCAAAAAUUUAACUAUCGGGUGGAGAUACAACUCAUUGUUCUGGACGUCCGGACGGAGAACUGGAGAAACUCGCGAGUUUUCGUGGUGCUCAAAGCAUGGAAAUUUGCUUGUGGACGGUUUAAAACAGUUGUGGGCACCAGGACAGCCAGACUUUGCCAGAAACGAGCACUGCCUUCACCUUAAAAUGGACAAAGCAAACGCGACUUAUCAAAUCUGGGAAAAAUCUUGUAACAACUCGUAUAUAUUGGCAUGCCAGGGGUCAACAACUCCUGCUCCGGCGUGUUCGUCUCCGAUCUGCCCUAAUUAUACUUGCACUAAAAAUCAAUUGUUCUUUGCAAAUUCAUCAAAGGGGUAUUAUUUAAAAGAUCCGAAUUUGCAUGGGAACUGGUUUAAAACUAAAGGACGCGUGUUCAUGUUCAGUUUCGCUAAUAGAACGUUCCGCAGUGCUCUUCAAAGUUGCUGCGAAUUAGGGAUGUCUUUGCUAAGUCUUGAGUACGACUAUAAAUACCUCUCUUUGCAAGCAGCAAUCCAAGAAAAUGUGACACAGAAAGGUAUAUUUUGGACAUCUGGCUCUGACCGGGGUUGCGAGUCCAGUUUCGGAUACUGCUCGGCAAAACGUCUUUUGAGAAAAGAGGCCGUUUGGGCUCGUGGUCAACCGGACAAUGCGAAAGGAAACGAAAAUUCUUUGGCCGUUUUCGUAAAUGAAACGCACGCUCUGUUGUUUGAUUUUAACGAACAGAGAACCUUUAGAUACAUUUGCGAGGCAAGAGAUUCCUCUCUUUCAAAUAAUAACACAGCAUCUGGAGGAAUUGCAAUUCAAAACGAAUGUGCCGCUGUUUACAACGUCUCAGACGCGGAAAUCAACACUCUUCUGUCCAAACCACAGAUCGACACAAGAAUUAAGUGUUUCAUGAAAUGUCUUGGCGAGAACACUGGUCUAAUUGUGAAUGGAAAGAUAAUUGAAAGUGAGAUUAUGGUGGUUGUUGAAAAAGAGUCUGGAAGUGAGGACAAAAUGAAGAAGAACUUUUUACUUAUGGACGAGUGCUCAAAUUCAACCAAGGGGAUGGACGAAUGUGAUCAGGCAGCCCAGUUAAUCCAGUGCACAAAUGAAAAAGCGCCAGACGUUGUCAGUGGUGUGGUCAACAAUAUUGUUGAAUCUAUUCCAGCAGUUAAAAAGUCAUCAGCCUUGUUCCCAACUGCUAUUUGCCCACCCCCAGUCAAGUGCACCAUCAAUGUUACUGCAAAACAGGAGUUUGACGCAACAAUAAUCGAUUCUACAAUUUCAACUGGUUGGGUUCGUUUUGGUUGCAAUAAAAAAUGGUUGCAACAAAAUGAAAAUUUGGAUCAACUUGGCGCUUAUCAAAGUUGUUGCCAAAUUGGGUUGAAACUGGCGUCGAUCGAGGCCGAGGCAGAAGUUCAAUGUCUUCGCGACUCACUCUACAAUUCUGCUUUGACUUGGGUUGCUGGUUCUUCAGACUCGAGCCCGCUCAAUCCCCGAUGGUGCACCUCGCAAUCCCAAGGACCAAUUUUGAAAUACUGGUUUGCCUUAGCUUUUGAUCCAGCUUUGCCACAACUGUCUGGAUUCGUCGUGUCAUUAGCGUUAAAAUCAAUCAAAGCAGAAGACCCAACUGCUCGACAUUGGUCCCUCUGUGUGUAAUUUAAUUAUUGAAAUGAAAAAACUUCUAAUCAAACAGUAAUAAUUAAAAUUAAUUUAACAAACUUGAACAAAAUCGUGAGAGAAAAUAGUUAUCACUUGGAAAGUUAUGAUUAGUGAUUCUUUUAAAUAUUAUUCCAUGCAACAAUGAAUUGAGAGAAAAAAUUAAUUUGAAUAACAUGAGUUGCAAAUAAAAAUUUAAAUAAAUUUUUAAUUUUAAAUACAUUUAAAUGCAAAAAAAACUGACAGUUUAAACUUUUGUGAUUGCCGAUAGAAGAAAAUUUGAGCUUUUGCAAAGUUGCACCAUUUUAUGUUCAAUAAUUUUCUACUUACUAUAUUAAAACACAUCGUGUAA